AUGGAUGGUUCAAUUGACAAGUACAAGGCUCGUCUUGUUGUUCAGGGGUUUCGUCAGAAGUUUGGUGUUGACUAUGUUGACACCUUUGCGCCAGUGAUGAGAUUCAGCACUGUUCGUCUCAUUUUCGCCCUAAGUGCGGCGAAGAACUGCGAGAUGCACCACGUCGAUGUUAAAAAUGCUUUCUUGAAUGGAGAUCUAGAAGAAGACAUCUAUGUCAAGCCACCAACAGGAAUUGACCAUAAUACCCCUCCUGGCAUGGUCUGGAAGCUGAAUAAAAGCUUAUAUGGACUGAAGCAAGCCCCUCUGUGUUGGAACAAGAAGCUUGUUGACAAGUUGGAAGCACUAGGUUACAAAGCUGCCAAGAAAGAACCCUGUCUCUUUUACAAGAUUAAUGGCAAAGACUUCAGUAUUAUAGGUCUUUAUGUUGACGACAUCUUAACGGCGUCAAACGUACCGGGAGAAUUCGAGCGGUUUUUCAAGGGCCUAUCUGGUUACUUUGCCAUCAAAGAUGAAGGUGGUGUUAACAAAUUCUUGGGAAUCAGAGUCCAGGACUCCGACAGGACAAUAUCUCUGGAUCUGGAACAUUAUAUUGCUGACAUGAUUGAGGUUUUCAAAUUGAGUAAUCAAACAGCUAAGUCGAUACCGUUGCCCAAGAAACAUGGCCUUGAUUUCCCACAGGGCCUCGAUGCUCGUCCAGCUAACCAAUCGCUGUAUCGCAGCAUUCUUGGCAAGCUACAGUUUGCUGCACAGACGGCCCGUCCGGACAUUGCCUACGCUACAGGCAAGCUUGCUCAGUAUGCGAGUGACCCUAGAGCUAUUCAUAUGGAUAGAGCAUAUCAUGUUCUGAGCUACCUCAAAGGCACCAAGGACCUGGCAAUUGUCUAUCACAAAAAUGUACCAGGGGCCUCUCCGCGGCUUCUGAGAGGCUGGUCAGAUGCCGAUUGGGCAAACGAUCCCGACAGGAAGUCUAUCUCAGGCUUUGCAUUCUCUCACGGUCCUUCAACCUUCUCUUGGAAGUCGGCCAAACAGAAGUUGACAGCAACUUCCACAACUGAGGCUGAGCUGAUUGCUGCUUUCUCUGCCACGUGUGAGGCAGUUUACUUCCGAGAUCUUUUGAAAGAACUUGGUGAAUCUCAACCAACGACUGUCAUCAUGGAGGACAACAAAGGUGUCCUGGAUCUCAUGAAGGACAGCAAACAUCACGAGCGGACUAAACAUAUUGAUACCAAGUACAUGCGCACCAGAGACCAUGUCAAAGCCGGCGAUACCCGUCUUGAAGCUGUUGCUUCAGCAGAUAAUGUGGCAGACAUUUUUACCAAAGCUCUGGCUAAGCCGCAGUUUUUAUAUUUGAGGAAUCUUCUGGGUAUGAGUACCCGUCCUCAAGUUGAGGGGGGAAAUGGACUUGAUGCAGUGCUCGUCUCGUCAAAUAAUACCUCCAUCGUUACGCCGCAGUCAUUUUCGAAGACUCGACGACGCAAAGAUCAAGAGAUUGAAUCUUGA